AAUUCCAUAACUCCUUCAAAUAUGUCGAUGAGAAUCACCCCAGUAUUAGAUGAGAUAAUUCUCACACCUAAUACUCAUGAGUCCGAAAACCAAAAUACUAUACCAAAUAUUGAUAUUAUGAUCGAUGAUUCCCCUAUCUCUUCUUCACAAAAACGAGAAGACGAUCAUAGCCUUCUCGCUUUUAUUAGAGUAUCUUCGAUGCUAACGAAGAUUCAUGCAGGCUAUUUCAGAAUAAGUUUGUCUUUAUGCUGGGAAACUUUAUUAUGGAAAACACUUCUCGAUCCAAAUAAUAACGAAACGAAAUUCUUACACCGUGUUCCUCAAAUGAUCUAUCGUCCCGUUCUAAUAUUCCUAUGGUCGUUUGCUUUAUUGAUUCUAGUUCUACUUUCUUUACUCUACCUCUUGAAAUGCGUCUUUCGAUUUAAUUUGGUCAAGGGGGAGUUUUUACACCAUGUUGGUGUCAAUUACCUUUUUGCCCCUUGGAUUUCAUGGCUUAUUUUACUCGAAUCCUACCCUUUUAUUAUUGGCCCAAAACACGUUGGUUACAAAUCUCUUUGGUGGGUUUUUGCGGUUCCCGUAAUAAUUUUAGAUGUGAAAAUUUAUGGACAAUGGUUCACUAAGGGGAAAAGGUUCUUAACAGCCGUGGCUAACCCGACGAGCCAUUUAUCGGUCAUUGGGAACUUAGUCGGGGCUCGAGCCGCGGCUAAAAUGGGCUGGCAGGAGGUUUCGGUUUGCUUGUUUUCAUUAGGGAUGGUUCAUUAUUUGGUCCUUUUUGUUACGUUGUAUCAGAGGUUAUCGGGAAGUGACCGGCUACCGGCUAUGUUGCGGCCGGUUUUCUUCUUAUUCUCGGCAGCUCCGAGUAUGGCUAGCUUGGCUUGGGCGUCAAUUACUGGAACCUUCGAUACAGCUUCGAAGAUGUUCUUCUUUCUCUCGUUGUUCCUCUUUACGUCACUGAUAUGCAGGCCAAGUCUGUUCAAGAAAUCAAUGAGAAAAUUCAACGUGGCAUGGUGGGCAUAUUCAUAUCCAGUAACACUACUAGCAUUGGCAUCCACAAGAUAUGCAAAAGAGGUUAAAGGAAAAGUGCCACACACCAUAAUGCUAAUUCUAUCAUCUCUCUCAGUUUUAGUCAUCAUUGCUCUAUUGCUCUCCACUGCUCUUUACUCUAAAAUCCUCUUACGUGAUGAUGAUCCAUCUCUCAAGCUAUCCAAACAUUCUGAUUUAUGAGAGACGCAUUCAAAAUUUUAAAUAUAUAUUUGUUUUCGCUUUUGUUAUCGACUAUGAUUGAGUUUAGUGGUCUCCAGCCAGCGCAUGCCUAACAGGAGUCUACCUCUCUCAUGAGUCUGCCCUAUGUACUAUAUUAAUUAUUAUAUUUGUAAUUAAUUAAGAGCUUAGGGCUGGUAGCUAGAAGUCAUUAUCGUUCCUAAGUAAUUAAUUAACAUAUGUUAUUGUAUGGAAAUAUUGUCUACUUGCCAUAACUAGUCUUUAGUUGUUGAGUUAGACUUGUAUUCAAAUGUUAUUUGGGUUCUAUGUAUUACUUAAUUUACACUGAAUUUAAUAAAGUUGAACUUUUUA